CCGAUCGGAUCCCUAAAUAAUCAAAUACCAUCGCGUUCAUGAGCGACGACGCCGAACAUGGCUGGACCCGCUGUUGAUCUCCGCCGUCAGCCUCCGCCGCAACCUCAGCAUCUCGUUUCCGAUACCGAUUCGGAUUCCGGGUCUGAUUCCGAUAUCCAUCACAACCGCCACGAUGAUCUCUCGAACUCCAUCUUCAAGGCAUACCUCGAAUGCCAUUCUUCGUCGUCUCCCUCCUCCGUUGACCUCGCGAAGAUCCAAUCUUUCCUGGCUUCUUCCUCCUCUGGUGCUCUCUCUUGCCUCAUUUGUCUCGAGCGCAUCAGGCGGACCGAUCCCACUUGGUCCUGCACUUCUCUCUGCUUCGCGGUCUUUCACCUUGUCUGCAUCCAGUCAUGGGCUCGCCAGUCUCUAGAUCUCCAGGCUGCGCGGGCCGCCACGCGAUCGUCGGCUUCCGACACCGACACGGCGGUCUGGAACUGCCCGAAGUGUAGAUCUUCGUACGGCAAAUCGGAGAUCCCCCGUCGGUAUAUCUGUUACUGCGGAAAGGAAGAGGAUCCUCCGGGGGAUAACCCUUGGAUUCUACCUCAUUCUUGUGGCGAGGUCUGUGGUCGGCCUCUGAGCAACAACUGCGGCCAUUGCUGCUUGCUCUUGUGUCAUCCUGGUCCCUGUGCUCCCUGCCCGAAGCUCGUGAAGGCCUUAUGCUUCUGUGGCGGCGUCGAAGACGUUCGUCGAUGUGGGCACAAACAAUUCUCUUGCGGAAACGCCUGCAAUAGGGUCUUAGACUGUGAUGUUCAUAGAUGUAAAGAGAUUUGCCAUGAUGGGGCUUGCCCACCGUGCAGGGAACGCGCAGUUUACAGCUGCUGCUGUGAUAAGGUUAAGGAGGAGAGAGACUGCUGUGACAGGGUUUUCAGGUGUGAGGCUGAGUGUAAGAACAUGCUUAACUGUGGUAGACAUGUCUGUGAGAAAGGUUGUCAUUCGGAAAAAUGUGGGUUAUGUCCGUAUCAGGGGAAGAGAACUUGUCCUUGUGGCAAGAAAAUGUACCAAGGGUUGGCUUGUGAUGUUACUGCGCCAUUAUGUGGCUCGACCUGCGAUAAACUUCUUGCUUGCGGUUACCACAGGUGUCCUGAUAGGUGCCACCGCGGGCCGUGCCUCGAGACUUGCAGGAUUGUGGUGACCAAGUCUUGCAGGUGUGGAGGGUUGAGAAAACAGGUUCCUUGCCAUCAAGAGCUGGUGUGUGAGAGGAAGUGUCAGGGAGUGAGAGACUGUGGUCGGCAUGCUUGUAGACGUCGUUGUUGUGAUGGGGACUGCCCUCCAUGCUCUGAGAUUUGCGGAAGGAGGCUCCGUUGCAGGAAUCAUAAAUGCCCUUCUCCUUGUCACCAAGGCGCAUGUGCUCCUUGUCCGAUAAUGGUGACUAUAUCGUGCGCAUGUGGUGAGACACGUUUCGAGGUUCCUUGUGGCACUGAAACAGAUCAGAAACCCCCAAGAUGCCGAAAGUUGUGCCAUGUAACUCCACUAUGCAGGCAUGGACCAAUCAUCAAGCCACAUCGAUGCCACUAUGGUGCUUGUCCCCCUUGUAAACUGCCUUGUGAAGAAGAGUUCUCAUGUGGGCACAAAUGCAGACUAAGGUGUCAUGGCCCUAGACCUCCACCUAAAGUGGAAUUCAUUGUAAAACCAACAAAAAAGAAGUUGAACAUUCAUAGUGAAAGUACUCCUGGUUCUCCUUGCCCUCCUUGCCCGGAGUUUCUCUGGAAGCCUUGUGUCGGCCAGCAUCUGGGAGCAGAGAGAAUGAUGGUCUGCUCGGAUAGAACCCAAUUCACAUGUGAUAACUUAUGCGGAAAUCCUCUUCCCUGCGGGAACCAUUACUGCACGAGAACCUGUCACGCCUUGAAAGUUCGGAGUUCAGUGUCUGGAUCGGAUAAAAGAAGUCUGCUCUCUGGCUCUGACUGUGAAGAGUGUGAUCUCCCUUGUGAACAGGAGAGAAGCCCGCAAUGCCAACAUCCAUGUCCUCUGCCAUGCCAUCCAGGGGAUUGUCCUCCUUGCAAAGUUUUGAUAAAGAGAUCAUGCCAUUGUGGCACGAUGGUGCAUGCUUUCAAGUGCAUAUCCUACAAUACCUUGUCCGAAAAAGACCAAAUCAAAGUCCGCUCUUGUGGCGGACCCUGCCACCGGAAAAUGCAAAACUGUACUCAUUUGUGUCCGGAGAUAUGUCAUCCUGGGCAGUGUCCAUUACCCGAUAAGUGUGGUAAAAAGGUCAUUGUUCGUUGUAAAUGCCAAACCGUGAAGAAAGAGUUGUUCUGCCAAGAUGUACAAGCAAUGUAUCGGGACAAAGGUUCCGACCCCAAAGAUAUCCCAAAGAAUCGGUUCGGAAUUGGUGUUCUGCCUUGCAAUGCCGACUGCAUGAGCAAAAUACGGGCGGCUGAAGCGACCUUGCAACAACGCAAACCCAAAGAGGCCGAUGAGAAGGUAGAAGCAGCCGCCGAGAAAAACGGGCCAAAGCGGAAGAAGAGGCGUGAACGGGGUCAAGAGGCGAAACAGACGUCGAGGCUGCAGAAGCUCGUUGUCACGGCGAGGAAGGUAGUUAUGUUCGUCAUGUUCAUCGUUGUUUUGGCUGCUGUUUCGUACUGUGGCUACAAGGGUCUGUUGUGGCUCAACGAUUGGAUGAACCAGUUGGAAGAACAAAGACUGAAAUCAAGAAGUCGGAGUUCAAUCACGGACACGUGUGUGAUGUCUGAACCAUCUUUUAGUUGUGGCCAAAAAGAGCUCAAGACAAGAGGAGGAGGCUGAUAUGGUGGUGAUUAUGUUUUUUGCUCUAA